AUGGCGGAACCAAAAGAGUCAUCAAGAAAACGUGAAAAGACUAUGCUCGAUCAAGAACCUUCCUCUUCCAACCUAAUAUCACUGUUCGAUGAAUUCGUCAUCGAUGACUCCAAAAAGGUUGGACAAAAGCGCGGUAGAGUUAAAGCUGAUGCAAAUGUACCAAAAGAGAAUGUUCAUUCAGAGAUUCAUCCUCCUUCUCAAUGGUUUUCUGUUUACAAUACAAGAAAACCGAUGAAACAAAGAUAUCAUUACAAUUUGAAUGAUGCAAAAUUAUUACAACAUAUUGAGAAAGGGAUUUCAGAUAAGCUUCGAAUCAGCUGUGUAUCAUGUUGUUCUAAUCUAUGGGCAAUUAUCAUGGAUGCUGAAACUGAUUAUAAUGCUCAAGUUUACAAGUUGUCGCCAUUGUUUUUACCCAAGAAAUGGAUCAUGGAACAAUGGAGUAAGAACUUCUACAUUACUUCUUUUGCAGGGUCCGAGAAUAGAGACUCUGUUGUGGUAAUGUCAAAAGGUAUGAGGUAUACUCAACAAGCUUACAAAAUAAGCCGAUCUUUCCCCAAGGAAUGGAUGAACAAGAAGCGUGAACAAGGUUUUCAUGUCACCUCAAUGGGUACCGCUGGAAACCGCUGGUGUAUUGUUGUGUCUCGCAAUACUGGGUUCAGGGAUCAGGUGGUGGAACUUGAUUUCUUCUAUCCGAGUGACGUAAUCCAAAAACGUUUGGAUGAGGGUUAUAUGAUUACAGCAACUGCAGCUUCAUUGGCUCAAUCUGCAGUUAUAUUAAGUAUCCCGAGAAACAAGUGCGGCGAUGAAACUCAGGAAACUCUAGUUACACCUAUGUUUCCUAGUGCUCAUCUUAAGGAAAAAUGGCCGAAAAACCUUUACCUUUCCCAUUUGUGCAACGGGCCUACAGUAUGCUGA